AUGCCUCAUGGUAUGAUACAAAAGACCCAGGUCAACCCACUGGCCGCCUGUCUCUUGGGAAGCAAUGUAGAACAGGAGGAAAAUCACGUUAUCUUGGAUUCGUGGGUGAAAAUCAAACCACAAAAUGUGGAAAGCAGAGGAAAUGAAGUUGCCAAGGACUUGGUUCAAACACACAAAGUCUUCAAUGAGGCCCUUCGCACUGCCUUUAAGAUACUUCCUUACCAGGGAAUGAUAAGCUUCGACUCUUCAGCGGAAUGGCUUUCAUAUAUUGACGCUCGCGAUCAUCUGCUCAAAACCAUGCAGAAGACACUGCAAGAUAUUCUCCAUGCACACGAUUCGCGGCUCUCUCCCACUGGCCCAGAGCAAUAG